AUGGAGGAAGUUAAUGGGCAAUUUAAUUGCAGCAAAUGUUCUCAUAAAUUUGGGAUUUUCCGCUACAAGAUUCACUUUGGUGUCCAAGAUACUGCGGCACCAGACACUUUAAUUGCAUGGAACAAUGAAUGUGAACCUAUAAUUGGAAAGCCAUGUGAUGCAUUGAGGCGUGAAAUCAUGCAAAAGAAUUCAAAUAGCAUUGAACUGCCCGAGGAAAUAGACAAUAUGAUUCACAAAUCAUAUCUCUUCAAGGUGCACAUUAGAGCAAACAGGCGUAAAUUCGGGGAUGGUGAAGCAGCCUUUUCUGUUGUAAGGAUGAUUGGUGAUAAAAAUUUGGUAUCGAUAACUGGCAAAGAAGACUGCAAUGAAGAAGAAGAAGUGUCAACCCCUGUGAAGACUCGCAAAGGUAAAGAGAAGGUCGGUGACAGUUCUAAUGCAAAGAGAAAUCUAAUGGAGAUAAUUGAAGAUGAGGCAGGAUUUGUUGCCCAGUCAGCCAUUGCCAUCAAGGGCAAAGAAAAAGUGACCGAGCAAGAUGAUGAAAUGAAGGACAACUUUGAUGAAGAAUAG